UAUAUUUUUGUUCUUGCAAAAAAUCCAGAUCUUGCUCUUGUAUCACGCACAUUUCACCAUGUUGCUACCUCACAAACAAGUGUAAAAACUCAAUGGCUAAUGAAAAGAUAUAAUAACGAUUGUGAACGGGCAUUAUCUCGAGGGUUAAAAUGGAAAUUCUUUAAUAAAGACGUUCUAAAUCAGUUGGAUCUAAUAUAUUCUAGACUUAAUGGUCAAAGUUUUAUUCCUUAUGAAAAUAGACCAAUUCCCCAAUGGUUUUUCAAAGAACCGGAUCCAAAGAAUCGAAUUUAUAAUCUAGCUAAAAUUUUACUUCUUGAACGUCGUGCUUCACCAAACGAAUCUAACGGUUAUCCAAUUAUACAAUCUGCUCGCUUAGGUAGGAUUGAAAUGGUAAAAUUAUUGAUAGAGGCUGGUGCUAAAGUCGACAUUCAAGAUAAUAUGGCGUUGGCAGUGAGCGUUAGACAGAAUAACAUCGAAAUGGUCAAAUUAUUGUUAAAACACGGUGCUAAACCAGUGAAAUCAAUUUUAAAGAAUGCCAUAGAAAAGAAUUUUACUGAAAUGGUUCAAUUGCUACUGGAGAAUGGAGCCGAAGUUGAUGCCAGUAUACCUAAUGCCUUCUCUCAUCAAACAACUAUCACAGAAGACAGAAGAAUGAACAAUGAUCAUAAUAAUCGACUUACAGGCUAG